AUGGCUAAACGAGGUGUAAAUGAAGAUUGGGGAAGAAUCUACCCAAAUGAUUUUCGAAAUGGAAAAAAGGACAGUCUUAGGGAAAUGGAAGCUGCUAUGCAGCAAAUAAAUCAACAAUGGGAGUUCAUGAUGUCAGACGAUCUUGCGUUAAGCUUGUUGGACGCUAGUUCUCUUGGACGUGGCCAUGACAUUGCCGAAUUUAGUCGCACUAUGGAUAGUUUGAACAGAGCUCUUCAGUAUAUCGUUAAUGGCAAGCAAUUACUUUAUAUUUUUCAUUUUGAUUGGAUGAUUCCUAAUACUUUGAAUUAUCACAUAUUUUCAGAUUAUUAUCAAGGAUUUAACAGUUCAAUUGGAACUUUUGGAGGUGUAAUGCAGAAUAUUGGAGAUUCACAGGAUCGUGUGCGUGAAAUCAAAAGUCAAUUAAAAGAAUGUAAGCAAGCAUUAUUGUCAAAACGUGCCGAUUUAUUACAAUUAUGGUUUCGAAGUCAACAGUAUAAGGAAAUGUUACGAAUUUUGGACUCGAUAGAAGAUAUCCAAGGAACACACCAGAAAUUGGAAGGCUUGCUUCGAGAAAAACAUUUUCUGACAGCGUCAAAAAUCUUAUUAGACGCUAUUCGGAUUAUGGAUCGCAAGGAAAUGAUGGGAAUUGGUGCAUUGCAUGAUUUACGACGAUAUCUCAAAGCACAACAAACUUCACUUCAUGAAGUAUUGAUUGAGGAGUUGCAUAAUCAUUUAUAUUUAAAGAGUCCUUAUUGUGCUAGUCGAUGGUUCCGAUAUACAAAAGAUCAAAAUUCAUUACCCACUCCCGCAACCGAUUGGAGUUCAGAGAAGGAAUCGCGUAAAAACUCGACUGGUCUUAGCGCGAAAAAUAAGAAAAAUUUAUCUGUUAAUAUUUUGGCCACUGCUGCGGCUCCUCAUAGUCCAAAAUCGCCAAUGCCAUCGCCAUCGCCAAAACCAUUGAAUAUUUCACCAAAGCUUCAGCCACAUGUUAUCUUUAUUGAUGACGAUGAAAUGAUCACUGAAGAUUUAGAUAGAAAUCCGGAAUCAGACUCAUUUUACUAUAUUGAAAUUAUAAUAGAGUCUUUGGCAUUGUUGGGAUUAUUACCAGAAGCAAUGGAGAUGAUAACUCAGAGACUUCCUCUUGAGCUUUAUCAACUAGUCGAUAAAACAGUUGCUGAAGUAGAAGAGCGGAGAACAGUGCAUGUGUUCGCCAGUCGAAAUACAAAGAAAAAUGAUCUCAUGAACAUUUAUUUACUCGAAUCACCCGAAAACGAGGUACAGAUGGAAAUCCUACGUGAUCUAAUGUGGACACUUUACUCUAAGCUUGAUGCAGUGCUUCAGGGACAUCGUUUUAUUCUGGAUGUGGUAGAGCGGAUAAGUAAGAGACCAAUGUAUGCAAAGAUAACUGAUGGUAAGACUUGUGCAAGACCACAAGAAGAUUUUAUAAAGUUUACUAACAAAUAUAUUGAUUUUUUAGAGAAGAAAAAGAUUAAGGCUUACCCUUUUAUCGAUAUUUGGAAACCAGUUCAGAGCGAACUGCGCACUCUAUUACGCGAUUAUAUUACCGAUGAUGAGAGAGACUCGGCAUCUUUUACAACACCUGUUGCGACCAUUAAUGAUAUGAUGCGGGAUCGAAGAGGAAGGGAUAGGACAAAGCAAAUAUUUAAAUUUUCAGACAUUGACGCGACUUCAAAUAUUGAAUUGGAUGAUCAAUACGAGUCAGAUAUUAACAGCAUGUUACAGAAAUCAUUACCAAAUUUAUUUGCUAAAUUACCUGAUGAAAAACCACCUACCUCUGUCUUGGUAGUAGACAAAUUCGCCAAUACAAACAUUUCAGUUGGUCAUCGACUAGUUGUACGACCUGACGCGUUUAACGUGUCGGUGCUGUUUAAGCCCACCUUGAUCUUCUUGGAUAAAGUUAGGGAGAUUGUACCCUCUACCACUACCGUGGACUUUUCUGGAUUUCUUGACGAUUUUGUAUUCAAUGUAUUCUUACCGCAAAUUGAAGACAAAGAAGAUCCAAACCAUAAAAGAUUUACAACCUUGCCGUUAAUUAAGAGUGCAACUACAUUAAUGAAGUUGGUGGAAAGCUUAUGUGCAAUGCUUCGCACAAUGACUUUCCACAAAGAAGAAUAUAGUAGAAUGAUUAUUUCUGUGUUAACGCAAUAUUACGUUAAAUGCUUUGAACAAUAUCAAGCUGUUGUGUCAAAGGGGUCUUUGAGCGACGAGGGUGCUCAUGAAAGAACAGGAAAUGCACAAAAAACUAGUGCGAUGUGGGUACAACAGGACCAACUUUCCGAAAUAUUUACGCAGUAUCCUUAUUUAGAUGAGAAUGACACUGAAAAUCGUAAAAAGCGAAAAUUAUUGUGUGAAAAGGAAACUCAGGCUGAAUUGAAAUUGAAAAAGAAUCGCGUAAUUAGAUCUGGUGAAUUGAUUUUUGAUGGAAGGAAAUUAAAAGGAUUAGGCCAUCUUUAUCAUAGUUUGAAAUGGUUUGUAGGUAAGAUCUGGCAGCUACGUGGGCGUGAUUCUAAGGUGGCGGGUUUGAUGAAUGGAAAAAUGGAUGAUGGACUUUUGGCCAAGGUGAAUCGUCGCUGGUCCUCGUAUGAGGAUAUACCAAAGUCUAAUCGUCUAGAUGAUGAAGCAAGAUUACCGUUAACAGGAGAGAUGGCAAAUCGGUUUGACGCGCUUUUGGCAACUUUCCAACAAUUAGCUGAGCAAUGCUUAUUUACAUUACGCGUCGAACUUCGAUGUCAUACACUUCAUUACAUAGACAUGGCAAUGCGAGAGGGUAAUUACCAACUUCAAGAAGAAGCAUCCGAGCCAGACCCCUUCGUUCUUAUGCUUAAUUCAGAUUUAGUACAUUUUGAUGAGUGUAUCACAUCUAGCUUACCGAUAAGAGAGCAUAAAUUUGUGUUCGAAGGUCUAGAUUCUCUAAUGGAGCAUAUCCUUGUCUCGAAUGCCACCUAUAUAAAAAGUCUGAACUUCAGCGGAGUCACAAAGAUUAAGCGUAACAUCCUAGCUUUACAACAAAAUCUACGAAAUAUCGUAGAUACUCCAAAUCAAGUUUCGUUGGAUCGUUCACAGCAAUACUACGAAUUACAUAGAGUUGGUGCUGCGAAUAUGCUCAAUCUAAUUCGCGAAAAAGGUGCUGUGUUCUCCUUUGAAGAAUAUAAAACAAUGCUAGAGAUUAUUUAUGGAAUAGAGAGCGGACAACAAAAACAUUCUUCUGCUGCGCGUCAUGAAAGUCCGUCUCAGUCCAGAAGAAUGUUUAAUGAACAUUUGAUAGAAUUAAAUGAGCUUAUGCUGGAUUUUCUGUAA